AUGGAGAAUUACACAUUCAACAGCAUCAUUUUGCAGCUAGAAGGACUAAGGGUAUCUGAAGAAGCCACGUAUCCAGUUUUUGUAUUCUUUCUGCUUUUCUAUGUGGCAAUUAUGGUGCUUAACAUUGGGAUUUUUAUUGUCAUAACAACACAUAGGAGCCUGCAUGAACCCAUGUACAUGCUCUUCUGUAACUUGCCCAUAAAUGACAUUCUUGGAAAUUCCAUCAUGGUUCCUCGACUGCUUAUGGACAUUUUAAAAUCACCAUCUCAGCGCUAUAUCAGCUAUGUUGAGUGUGUUGUUCAGGCAUUCUCUACACACACGUAUGGCACAACCUCCCACACCAUACUAAUAAUCAUGGCUAUUGACAGAUAUGUGGCCAUAUGCAAUCCACUCCGCUACCAAACUAUAAUGACAAACAAAACAGUGAUCACACUAUCGGCUUUAGCCUGGGGUAUAGCACUACUGUUCAUCAGCAUCUUGAUAGGCCUUACUUUGAGGCUGAGCCGCUGCAGAACGUUUAUAUCAAAUCCUUUUUGUGACAAUGCAUCUUUGUUCAAGUUAUCUUGUGAGGAUGUGACUAUCAAUAACUUGUAUGGACUGAUAUACACAGUGCUGCUGUUUGGCUCCUCUAUGGGAAGUAUUGCCGUUACAUACAUUAAAAUAACUGCUGUUUGCUUAGUAACCAAGAGUAAAAUGUUAAAUAGCCGUGCACUAAAAACCUGCAGCACUCAUUUGUCUCUCUAUCUGAUUAUGCUCAUCAGUGGCUUAAUUAUUAUAGUGUUACAUCGCUUUCCUGCAUAUUCAGAUUACAGGAAAAUUGCUUCCCUGCUGUUUCAUAUCAUUCCAAGCAUUUUGAAUCCAAUCAUUUAUGGCGUACAGAGCUCUGAAGUUAGACAUGUUCUGAUACAGGUGUUGAGCUUUAAAAAGCGUAGAGCUGUGAAAGAUGUUUGA